AUUUGUUCAAUUCGUGAUUAGUGUUUAGAGUGGCAAAAAUCUAGAGUUAAUUGGCGGGACUAACUAGAACAACUAGAACGGGCCCCACCCACCACAACCACCAACAAGAGUAAAGUCGGUCGUCUCUUCAUUUUCUUCUCCCUUCAUCCUCUCCGCUUCUUGAGCUUCAGAAUUGAAUUUGAGAUCCCAUUCCAUCUCCUCGCACCUCCACCAAACACGGACACAUAAUCUCAUCACUUUACAAAACAAAAGCCAUCUAUUUUUUUUCUUUUCAAAAAACUAAAAUAAAAUAUCAGACACAGAAAAGACAGUUAACCUAAGCCCAAAAACAACAGCAGCAGCAACGACAAUGGCUUUCUCGUCGUACAUUGGCAGCACCCGCCGGGGAGGGUGGGCCAACUCCCUCCUCCCCUCCUCUUCCAACCCCAAAUCCAAGCUCACCAGAAAGCCCCGCAGGCGAUUGCCCCUCCGAGACUUCAUCUUCGCCAACUUCUUCACCAUCGGCCUCUCGAUCUCCAUCUUCUUCUUCCUCGUCGUCAUCCUCCGUUACGGCGUUCCCAGUCCCCUCUCCUCCCACUUCAAAUCCAAAUCCUCUACCCGUUUCCCCAAGCCCCGAAAGUCCGCUUCCCGCAAACCCGUUUCGGCCGGCGAUUCGGGCAGCGACGCCGCAGUGGGCGCCACCGUCGACAUCACGACCAAGGAGCUGUACGACAAGAUUGAGUUCUCGGAUGUGGACGGUGGGCCCUGGAAGCAGGGGUGGAGGGUGAGUUACAAAGGGGACGAGUGGGACUCUGAGAAAUUGAAAGUGAUUGUGGUGCCCCAUUCGCAUAACGAUCCUGGCUGGAAGCUCACUGUCGAAGAGUACUAUGAGAGGCAGUCCAGGCAUAUACUGGACACCAUUGUCGACACGCUUUCGAAGGAUACCCGGCGCAAGUUUAUAUGGGAAGAGAUGUCUUAUCUGGAAAGAUGGUGGAGGGACUCCUCUGACCUCAGAAGGGAAUCAUUCACCAAUUUGGUGAAGAAUGGUCAGCUGGAAAUUGUUGGAGGUGGCUGGGUAAUGAACGAUGAGGCUAAUUCACAUUAUUAUGCCAUCAUUGAGCAGAUGACAGAAGGAAAUAUGUGGUUGAAUGACACCGUAGGGGUUAUUCCUAAAAAUGCUUGGGCGAUUGAUCCAUUUGGUUACUCACCUACCAUGGCAUAUCUUCUCCGCCGUAUGGGUUUUGAAAAUAUGCUUAUUCAGAGGACUCAUUAUGAGCUGAAGAAGGAACUUGCACUGCAUAAAAAUUUGGAGUAUGUAUGGCGGCAGAGCUGGGAUGUGGAUGAAACUACUGAUAUUUUUGUCCACAUGAUGCCCUUUUAUUCUUAUGAUAUUCCACAUACUUGUGGGCCAGAGCCUGCUAUCUGUUGUCAGUUCGACUUUGCUCGAAUGCGUGGCUUCAUGUAUGAACUCUGUCCGUGGGGAGAGCAUCCAGUAGAGACAAACCAGGAAAAUGUUCAGGAGCGGGCACUAAUACUACUAGAUCAAUAUAGAAAGAAAUCAACACUAUACAGGACAAAUACACUUCUUAUUCCUCUUGGAGAUGAUUUUCGCUACAUAAGCAUUGAUGAAGCUGAAGCUCAGUUUAGGAAUUAUCAGAUGUUGUUUGAUUAUAUAAAUUCUAAUCCCAGUUUAAAUACAGAGGCCAAGUUUGGAACUCUAGAAGAUUACUUCCGGACCCUUCGUGAGGAGGCUGAAAGAAUAAAUCACUCAUUACCUGGUGAGAUUGGUUCCGGUCAGGUUGGGGGUUUUCCUUCUUUGUCAGGUGACUUCUUUACUUAUGCUGAUAGGCAACAGGACUACUGGAGUGGCUAUUAUGUUUCGAGGCCUUUUUUCAAGGCUGUUGAUCGAAUACUAGAGCAAACACUUCGUACCACGGAUAUGAUGAUGGCUUUCCUGCUUGGGUACUGUCAGAGAGCACAAUGUGAAAAAUUGCCCAUGGGGUUCUCCUACAAGUUGGCUGCUGCUAGGAGGAACUUAGCUCUUUUUCAGCAUCAUGAUGGUGUAACUGGUACUGCUAAAGAUCAUGUGGUCCUGGACUAUGGGACUCGGAUGCACACUUCUUUGCAGGACUUGCAGAUUUUCAUGUCUAAAGCUAUUGAAGUACUGCUUGGAAUGCGCCAUGAGAAAAAUGACAAUAACCCUUCUCAGUUUGAGCCAGAACAGGUGAGAUCUAAAUACGAUGUUCAGCCAGUUCAUAGAGCAAUCAUGACUCGUGAGGGAACUAAACAGUCAGUGGUGUUUUUUAAUCCUCUGGGGCAGACAAGAGAAGAGGUUGUGAUGCUUAUUGUUAACCGUCCAGAUGUAACUGUUCUUGACUCAAACUGGACAUGUGUUCAAAGCCAAAUAUCCCCUGAAUUGCAGCAUGAUAAAAGCAAAAUUUUCACUGGAAGGCAUCGUGUGUACUGGAAGGCUUCUGUUCCUGCUCUGGGCUUGCAAACAUAUUACAUUGCAAAUGGGUUUGUUGGAUGUGAAAAGGCCAAACCAGCAAAACUAAGAUUCUUCUCAAAGUCUAUGUCUUUAUCUUGCCCCACUCCAUAUGCUUGCUCAAAAGCAGAAGUUGAUGUGGCUGAAAUCCAGAACAGGCAUCAAAUACUCACCUUCAAUGUCAAUCAUGGUUUAUUGCAGAAAAUAAGCUAUAAAAAUGGUUCCCAAAAUGUUGUGGGUGAAGAAAUAGCUAUGUACUCUAGCUGGGGAAGUGGAGCCUACUUAUUUAAACCCAAUGGUGAUGCCCAGCCUAUCAUUGAAGCAGGUGGGCAGAUGGUGAUCUCUGAGGGUCCUUUGGUGCAAGAAGUAUAUUCUUAUCCAAAGACAGCAUGGGAGAAGAGCCCCAUUUCUCAUAGCACCCGUAUCUACAAUGGAGAGAAUACCGUACAGGAGUUUCUCAUUGAGAAGGAGUAUCAUGUUGAGCUUCUCACCCAGGACUUCAAUGACAAGGAGUUGAUAGUUAGAUACAAAACAGAUAUUGAUAACAAAAGAAUAUUUUUUUCUGAUUUAAAUGGCUUUCAGAUGAGCCGGAGAGAAACCUAUGAUAAAAUCCCAACUCAGGGCAAUUAUUACCCUAUGCCCUCUCUUGCGUUCAUGCAAGGAUCCAAUGGUCAGAGGUUUUCAGUUCAUUCUAGGCAGUCAUUGGGUGUGGCCAGCCUUAAAAAUGGAUGGUUGGAGAUUAUGCUGGACCGUCGUUUGGUAAAAGAUGAUGGACGAGGUCUUGGACAAGGAGUGAUGGAUAACCGUGCAAUGAAUGUAGUCUUCCACAUUGUUGUGGAGUCUAACAUUUCAGCCACAUCAAACCCAGUUUCCAACCCAUUGCCCUUAAGCCCCUCUCUUCUUUCUCAUCGUGUCAAUGCUCACCUGAACUAUCCAUUACAUGCAUUCAUUGCCAAGAAGCCAGAGGAGUUAUCAGUGCAGCCACCCCCAAGAUUUUUCUCCCCUUUAGCUGCUCCCUUACCUUGUGAUCUGCAUAUUGUAAGUUUUAAGGUUCCCCAACCUUUAAAAUACUCGCAGCAGCCUCUCGAAGAUUCUAGGUUUGUCCUAAUUUUACAGAGACAGAAUUGGGACUCUUCAUAUUGUCGGAGGGGAAGAUCAGGGUGCACUAGAUUUGCUGAUGAGACGGUGAAUCUGUUUUACAUGUUCAAGGAGCUUUCAGUAUUGAAUGCAAGAGCCACUUCCUUAAAUCUUUUGCACGAAGACACAGAUAUGCUUGGGUAUACUGAGCAGUUUGGAGAUGUUGCUCAAGAUGGACGCGUUCUUAUCUCUCCAAUGGAAGUACAGGCUUACAAGUUAGAAUUGCGGCCUCACAAAUGAAUGUACUAGCAACUGAUUUCGUUUCUGUUGCUGCUUCAAUGGUGUUCAUAGCUAAGAGAAACGGUGUGUCCUCAUCUCUCCCAUGGAAAUACAGGCGUACAAGUUAGAAUUACGGCCACACCAGUGGAUGUACAUUUCAUCACCGUAUUCUCAUGGAUGCUGCAGCGAUGGGUUUUAGUAGCAAAUAAUUGAGUAUUUUUCAUAUCCCGCUAUCAGCAUGAUCAACCUGGGAGCACAUAUUUGCUACUAUUUCAAUACAUCUUGCUGAGUCAGGGCAAAGACAAGUUAAUCGAGUAGUGAUGCAGUCAGAGCAACCAUCCAUGGUUGCCCUUGUGAGCAAGUCAACUGCAAGACAUGCCCCCGGGAUUCUUUUUGUUGUAAAACUGCUGCUAACAAUUAUGUGAGAUAAUUUUGAUAUUUGGGUUGGGAUUACUUGUAUGAGAUGAGGGACUAGCAUUUGUGUUUACCUCUUCAAAAAGGGUAGCGAGGGACUAGCAUUUGGCUUUUGUUUCAUAUAUGACUUUGUCUGAGGUUCUAGAGUCGUGCUUUAUUAAUGAAGUCUGAAGAUUGACAGUUGAAAA